AUGUCGUCAAAUGUUGGUCUUAUCAGUCGUCAAUGCAAACGUACGUGCGAUCGUUACCAGUUUUUCGACCAAAAAAUAGCCGUCGAAAAGUUAACUGGUCUUGUUUUAGUUGGAGAGACGUUUAGCAACCAUUGUUCUGAAAAUACAGAUGCGAAAACAACAAAUCCUCCAACGAAAAAUUACAUUUCUUCCCUUCAGAAGUUUCAUUGUAAUAUAUGUCAGUUGAAGAUGGAUAAUGCAGUAGAUAUGCGGGAACACUUCAAAAGUGAAUGGCAUAUCUGCAAUAUAAAUCGAUCCUUACGUGGUUAUUGUCCACUAAAUUUUGAUCUAUUCGAAACUUUAAGACAAGAGAAAAUAGAAAAUGUUUCGGAAAUAAAUACCAUCGAUCAAGUUGGAAUGAGUCCAAUUAAUUCACUGUCAGCAACUAUAGAACCAAAUAUUGACAACAAUGACUGUGAUCAUGGUACAUCAUCUAAAACAGUUACUAAUUCGUCACUUACUGCAUCGUCACAUAAGCAGAUGUUAUUUUUCCGAAAUUAUAAUUCAGAAAUAGUUGGAAUAAAUCGUUGUGUUCUAUUUACUAGGAAGACUAUGCCUUUAACAAUGGAUGAGUUGCUGGGAUCUGUUUCGCGUGUUCGACAAAGUCGGAAAUGGGCUAUUCUUCUUUAUUCUGGAGGUAAAUUCGCUGGUGGCAUUUUUGAUGGAACAAACGAGAUUGUUCAUAAAACUUUGCGCAACUAUACAGUACGCGCUAAACAAGGUGGUGGUCAAUCAUCUUAUGAUUCACAAUGUGGUGGUCUUGGCGGAGUGAAAUCAGCUGGUGCUAAUCUUCGACGUCAUGGUGAAGCAACUAUUCGUAAUGAAAUAAGUGAUCUUUUACAUAACAAAUGGCGUGUUCUAUUACAAUCUUGCCAGCUGAUAUUUUUGUGGUCUCCCAAAGUACAUCGAAGUAUAUUUUUUAAUCCACCUGUAUCAUCCUCAUCUGUGCCAUCUAAUCAUAAAUUUACCGGUGAUAAUUUGAAUGAAUCAACUGACUAUUCUUCGAUUAAUUCCAGUUAUCGAAUUUCCUCACCUCUUGUCCCAGAUUCAUUAGCUUCAAAAGCUUGUGACUGUCGACUUGGAAUGACAAUAGAUGAUCCAAGAUUACGCAGAAUACCUUGUCGUAGUAAACAUAUCACAUAUUUACACGUAAAAGAAUUACACAAAGAAUUGUCAACUUUUGAUGUUUAUGAUCCUGAUGCUAAUCUGGAGUUUCUCAGUAAAUCAGGUCGAAAUCAAUGGCGCAAAUUAUCUGAAAGCGGUGAUGAAACUUUGUUAGAAACUAAAAGUGGUCGAUUAAUUUACGGUCCACUUAGCCUACUGGAAACUAGUCCUAAAAAGAAUUUAUUGUCAUCAAGUUCAGAUAAUUCUGAUUUGUCAGAUUGUGUCAGUUCACAAGACGAUACUGAUGAUGAUAGCAAUGAUGAUCGAGUGGAGCAGAUUAUGAACUCAGAAAAUAAUAUUAGGAAAACCACAGAAACUGUCAGAAAGACGAAACCAAACAGUCAAUCUUCAUUGCUUUCGACUUCCAACGAUUCUGAAAGUAAUGAUGUCAAAGCAGUGACUGAUAAUUUCGAAGAUUUAUAUUUCACCUAUCAAAGUUGGCAUAGACGUUUACGUGUAGCAAUUGCUUCUGGAGAUUUGGUUAUUUUACGAUCUUUAUUACCAAUGGAUAUUUCCAAUAUAACUCAAAGCGAUAAUUUAAAUGAAUUGGAGGAAACAGUUCAUAAUUCAACUGCUCCUUUGAAUACCACUACCACUACUACUGCUACUACGGCUAAUAUGCUGACCACUACUAAUACAUCCCCUACUGAGUGUACUUCACCUGGAUCAUCAACUGUACCACCAUAUCGUGUUUGUUUAAAAUUAAUUAAUCAUCCAUUAACUGAUGGACGAAGACUUUUACAUGUAGCUGUAGAAUUUCAAAGUGAUCCUGAACUAAUUCGUUUAUUACUUGAAUGUGGAUGUGAUCCAGCAUUUAGUGAUGGGGAUGGUAUAACACCUUAUCAAUUAGCUACACGAUUGCAUAAAAAAUCAAUAGCUAAUGUGUUUCGACGUUUCCGAUUUCAUCAUCCGAAUCGUUAUGAUUAUGAAAAAGCUAAAAUACCUGCUCCAUUGGAUCCAUCAAAAGAGGCUGCCAAACUUGAACGUGAUCGUGAACGCACAAAACGACAAAAACAACGACAAAAAGAAAAACGUACUGCAGAACGUGCAGCUAUUGAACAACAAAAGAAAGAUGCUGAAGAACAAGCACGUUUUUUAGCCUUAUCCGAUCGCGAAAAACGUGCUAUCGUGACAGAACGUCGUUUGAUUUCUUCUGGUUCUGCGACUGGUGAACCAUUCAUGGUAUUCAGUCGUUGUUUUCAAUGCGGUUGUGAUAUCAGUGGGAAAGUUCCAUUCAAUUAUAUGGAUUAUAAUUUUUGUACAUCGAAUUGUUUAAAACAACAUCGUUUAAAAUCAAUAAAUAAUAACAGGUAA